AUAAGAAAGUUCCCCGGCAAGAACACCCACACCCGCACGCACACCCAGCUGCCUGUCCCCGAUCACGAUGGCCUCCCUGCGGUCUGCCUCCUCUAGUGCCUCCUCCCUGGCCAUGUCGCCCUCUGCCUCGGCCGCGUCCAACGGCCAUGCUGGCCUGGCCGGCAGUGAGGCCUCCGGUGCCGAGCACGCCUUCCCCCCCUCGACCCCGGUGGAGGCCGUGGUGUCCGAGCUGUCAAAGACCGUCAUCUUCAUCAAGCUGAGCCAAUCCUCCCGGCCACACGAGCGCGGCUUCUCGGUUGUUCGCCAGGAGCACUCGCUCCAUGCCGCCGGUGUUCCCUGCUAUGCGGUGGCUUGGUCGUCACCGAACAAACGUUCACAUCAGACUCUCAUCGAGAUCCCGAUGAUCAUCGGUGUCCACGAGGGCCAGUACCUGGGCCACUUCCCCAAGUGGCGCCGUGACUCCUACCAGGGACGCGCCUUCUCCAUUGUCUAUGCCACUCUCAAUGGCACGUCCACCGUGGACGUCGUGGCCCCGACUGUGGCCAUGCGGGCCAAGUGGGUCAGCGGCCUGCGUCGCCUUGUGGACGCGGCCAAUGUGUCCAUGGUGGCCGGGCAGAUGCCCGCCGGGAGCUGGCGUUGCGACGAGUCGGUCAGCGUCGACCGCCAGGCCCGUGCGGCCUUCCUCAUGGCCGACCGCGAUGGCGAUCGUGGUAUGACCCUGGAGGAGUUGACUCGUCUGCUGGUGACCCUGAACCUCCGGGUCCCGAGCGCCUCGGUGGCCGCCCUCUUUGAGAAGUACUCCCGUGUGGUGGACUCCUCCGGGGCCCCGGUUUCCGAGAAGGAGCAGUCUAGCGCCCCUUCGCGGCUCUUUUCGCGCCGCUCCCGCCGCCUGGAUUACACCUCCUUCUUCCAGUUGUAUUGCGAGAUCAGCAGCCGUGGUGACGUGGAGGCCGUCUACCGGCGCCUGCUCUUCAGCGAGUCUACUUCCAUGUCCAGCACUCUGGCCGACUCGGUCUCCACUCCGGAGCUCCCGGGCAUCUCGCGCGACCUCUUCAUGAAGUUCCUUCUGGUCGAGCAGCAACACACCGAGGAGGAUGCCUACCGCAUUUGCGAGUACUACGUCGAUCACUCCAUCGGCAAUCGCAUUCCCAUGGAUCGCUUUGCUUCCUACAUCCAGCAUCAGGCGUCCUUCUAUGACAUUGUCAACCAGAAGGUCCACCACGACAUGACCCGGCCCUUGACGGACUACUGGAUUGCGGCGGCCCACAACAACCACCACUCGACGGACAUCAUUUGCCACCGGACCCCGAUCGCUUCGCUCAUUCAUGCCCUGCGCUCCGGGUGCCGGAUGCUGGAGCUCGACUGCCACGAUGGCCCGGGUGACAGCCCGGUCAUCCACCAUGGCCGCAUGUCCAGCAACCGCGUUCCCCUGGCCGAGGUCCUGCGUGCCAUUCGUGAGGAUGGCUUCGACUCCUCGCCCUACCCUAUCUUCCUGAGUCUGGUCAAUCACUGCAGCCUGACCCAGCAAUUCCGCAUGGUCGAGAUCAUUCAGGAAGAGCUCAGCGGCAUGCUUGCCACUCCCCAGUUCCCGGGCGGUAUGAUCCAGAAGCUGCCCUCGCCGGAGGAGCUCAUGCACAAGAUCAUCAUCAAGGCCCACCCCCUGCCGGCGGGCAUCUUCGAGUCCGGUGAGCCGGAGAGCGCCUUCUUCAGUGAUGCCGCCGAUGAUCUGUCUUCCUCCGCCGAGACCGAUGAUGAUACCGACGACGAGAAGGACCCGAUGACCACGCGCUCUUCCACCACCUCUUCCUCCUCCGGUGGCCGGUCGCGCUUCAGUCGUGGCUCCUCCAGCGGCCAGCCCAAGCGCCAGGUCUCCAAGGAGCUGUCUUCCCUGGUGAACUACUGCCGCCCGACGCAGUUCCAGGGCUUCGAGCACAGCAAGAAGAACCACUAUGCUGACAACUUCUGCACCAUCGGCGAGCGCCAUGCCAGCCGCCUUGCCCGUCGGAGCCAUGCCAAGCUGGUCGAGUUCACUCGCCGACAGAUUGCUCGUGUCUAUCCGCUGGGUGUUCGCUUCGAUACCGUCAACAUUGAGCCGCAUCUGCACUGGGCUGCCGGCGUGCAGAUGGUGGCCAUGAACUAUCAGCGCAUUGAUCGGCCGCUGCGCAUCAACCACGGCCGGUUCCUGGAGAACGGUCGGUCCGGGUACCUGCUGAAGCCGCGGCACCUGCUGGCCAGCCCGCCGGAGCCGACCGCCGAGUCUUCUCGCCUGGAGAAGCACUGGCGCCUGACGCUGGUGGUCAUGUCCGGCUAUCACCUGCCCAAGCCUCGCCAUGAGGAUACCACCGAGGUCAUUGACCCGUAUGUGGUGAUGGAGAUCCUGUCCGAUCGGUCGCGGUGCUUCACCCCGCCGGCGGUCAACAAGCUCCCGGCCGCGUCGCAAUUGGCGCUGGAGGCCGCGCAGAUGGCUCGCUCGGCUGGCGCCAGCGGCGGCUUGGUGGCCCCCUGCAACGCGUCCACCACCUCGGUCUCCUCCGGCAUCUCCACCUCCGGGUCCUUCAGCUCGGCCUCGGCCGCCGCGUCGGCCGGCCUGGUGGGCGACUCGCUGGCGGCCUCCUCCACCUCGGUGGCAUCCGUCCCCCCGACGGUGUCCUCCUCCUCGGCGUCGGUCAACUCGCACGCCUCCUCCAACUCCUCUCUGAACAAUGCCGGGUCCAUGUCCUCGCGCUCUUCCACCCGCGACCAGCGUGACUCCCAGUCCGAGCAGGCGGCCUUUGCCACGCGCCACCGUCGGCGGACGCGCACCUGCUCCGACAACGGCCUGACGCCGGUGUGGGGCGAGGUCUUCUGCUUCGACAUCCCGGACCCGUCGGUGGCCCUGCUGCACUUCACCAUCAUGGACAAGGACGUGGAGUAUGACGACUUCGUUGCCACCGCCACCAUCCCCCUGCGCUGCAUGCGCCCGGGCUACCGCAACAUUUCCCUCUUCGAUUACCGCUAUGAGGCACUGCCCACCAGUAAGCUCUUCGUCCAUGCCCACAUCGACUACUACAUCCCCUCGUCGGAGAUCUAAGAGCCCCCUGCUCGCCUCCCGAAGCCGGCUCGCCCCUUCCACUUGUAAUAGUGAGGUGGAGGUCCGAUGGACAGGAGAGGAGCCCCGCCAGAGUGGCUCCUCCCUGUGUAUUCUCCGCUCGCUGUUUUCAGCAUUUUGAUUUUGACCGCACUUUACU